GGGCGCCGCGCCGGCCGGAGGACAGGCAUGGAGUGCCCGCGGGCUGGGGCCGGAGCCGGGGCCUAGGCGGACGGACCUGCGAUCGGACCCGAGCGGCGGCGGCGGCGCAGCACAGCGGCCAAGCGGGCCAGAGACAGCCGAGGCUCCCGGCGCAGGCACCUGCCUCCCUCUCUGCCAGUGUGACCAGGACCUGGUCACCCCUGGGCACUGGCAGGGGCUCUGUCCCUGGCUGCUUCCUGUCAGCACCCCUGACUGAGUGCCCGGAGGGAUGUGUGUGCCAGCCCUCGGUUCAGCGCCCCCUCCCAAGGUGACGCCUGCUGGGUCCCAACUGGUUCCUGUUCUUCCUGUGCACGUAACUCCCUGGUUGGGUAGCUGCCGCCCGGGAGAGGCCACCCGGGCGCCCUGCUAGGGCGACGGCCCCUGCCCCUAGGGCCGGGAACAUGAAAGGCCUCGGUGACAGCCGCCCCCGCCACCUCUCUGACAGCCUAGACCCACCCCAUGAGCCACUGUUUGCAGGACCUGACCGCAACCCCUACCUACUAUCGCCCACAGAGGCCUUUGCCCGUGAGGCCCGCUUCCCUGGGCAGAACACUCUGCCAGGGGACGGUCUCUUUCCCCUCAAUAAUCAGCUGCCACCACCCAGCAGCACCUUCCCCCGCAUCCAUUACAACUCUCACUUCGAGGUGCCAGAGGAGAGCCCCUUCCCUAGCCAUGCCCAGGCCACCAAGAUCAACCGGCUACCUGCCAACCUUCUGGACCAGUUUGAGAAGCAGCUGCCUAUCCACCGUGAUGGCUUCAGCACCCUCCAGUUCCCCCGGGGCGAAGCCAAGGCCCGUGGUGAGAGCCCAGGCCGCAUCCGCCACCUCGUCCACUCAGUCCAGCGUCUCUUCUUCACCAAGGCACCCUCACUGGAGGGCACAGCGGGCAAGGUUGGUGGCAAUGGCAGCAAGAAAGGUGGCCUGGAGGACGGCAAGGGCCGGAGGGGCAAAAGCAAAGAGCGGGCCAAAGCCGGGGAGCCCAAACGGCGCAGCCGCUCCAACAUCUCGGGCUGGUGGAGCUCCGAUGACAACUUGGACGGAGAGGGUGGUGCCUUCCGCAGCAGCGGCCCAGCCUCCGGGCUGAUGACACUAGGCCGCCAGGCAGAACGCAGCCAGCCACGCUACUUCAUGCACGCCUACAACACCAUCAGCGGGCACAUGCUCAAAGCCACCAAGAACAACACUACUGAACUGACGGCCCCACCACCCCCACCUGCCCCCCCGGCCACCUGCCCCAACCUUGGGGUGGGCACUGACACCAACUACGUCAAACGGAGCUCAUGGUCCACUCUGACCCUCAGCCAUGCCCACGAGGUCUGCCAGAAGACCUCAGCCACCUUGGAUAAGAGCCUGCUAAAGUCCAAAUCCUGCCACCAGGGUCUAGCCUACCAUUACCUGCAGGUGCCUGGUGGCGGCGGGGAAUGGAGCACCGCACUACUGUCCCCGCGGGAGACAGACUCCUCGGCUGAAGGCCCUAUCCCGUGCCGGCGCAUGCGCAGUGGCAGCUAUAUCAAGGCCAUGGGCGACGAGGACAGCGAUGAGUCCGCCGGCAGCCCCAAGCCUUCCCCCAAGACCGCCGCGCGGCGUCAGAGCUACCUGAGGGCCACGCAGCAGUCACUGGGAGAACAAAGCAACCCCCGCAGGAGUCUGGACCGCCUGGAUUCAGUGGACAUGCUGCUGCCCUCCAAGUGUCCCAGCUGGGAAGAGGACUACACCCCUGUCAGCGACAGCCUCAAUGACUCCAGCUGCAUCAGCCAGAUUUUUGGACAGGCCUCCCUGAUCCCCCAGUUGUUUGGCCAUGAGCAGCAGGUACGGGAGGCAGAUCUGAGUGACCAGUACGAGGCAGCCUGUGAGUCGGCCUGCAGUGAAGCAGAGUCCACAGCAGCCGAGGCGCUUGACUUGCCGCUGCCCAGCUACUUCCGCUCCCGCAGCCAUAGCUACCUGCGUGCCAUCCAGGCAGGUUGCUCGCAGGAGGAGGACAGUGUUUCCCUGCAGUCCCUCUCCCCACCACCCAGCACCGGCAGCCUCAGCAACAGCCGCACGCUUCCAAGUUCAUCAUGCCUAGUGGCAUAUAAGAAGACCCCGCCACCGGUCCCUCCACGCACCACAUCAAAGCCGUUCAUCUCAGUCACGGUCCAGAGCAGCACCGAAUCUGCCCAGGACACCUACCUGGACAGUCAGGACCACAAGAGUGAGGUGACCAGCCAGUCGGGCCUCAGCAACUCUUCGGACAGCCUAGACAGCAGUACCCGACCACCCAGCGUGACACGGGGCGGAGUCACCCCAGCCCCUGAGGUCCCAGAGCCACCCCUGAAACAUGCAGUGCUAAAGAGUGAACAAGGGAUACUGACCAGCUCUGAGUCCCACCCUGAGGCCAUCCCCAAAAGGAAACUGUCAUCUAUAGGAAUACAAGUUGACUGCAUUCAGCCAGUGCCAAAAGAGGAGCCCAGUCCCGCUACCAAAUUCCAGUCCAUCGGGGUUCAGGUAGAGGACGACUGGCGAAGCAGCGCCCCCUCUCACAGUAUGUCCUCCCGACGGGACACUGACUCGGACACCCAAGAUGCCAACGACUCAAGCUGCAAGUCAUCUGAAAGGAGCCUCCCGGACUGUACCCCACACCCCAACUCCAUCAGUAUCGAUGCCGGGCCCCGACAGGCCCCUAAGAUUGCCCAGAUCAAGCGCAACCUCUCCUAUGGAGACAACAGCGACCCUGCCCUGGAGGCGUCCUCGCUGCCCCCACCUGACCCCUGGCUUGAGACCUCCUCCAGCUCCCCAGCAGAGCCAGCACAGCCAGGGGCCUGCCGGCGAGAUGGCUACUGGUUCUUGAAGCUACUUCAGGCAGAAACAGAGCGGUUGGAAGGCUGGUGCUGCCAGAUGGACAAGGAAACCAAAGAGAAUGACCUCUCUGAAGAAGUCUUAGGAAAAGUCCUCAGUGCGGUGGGCAGUGCCCAACUAUUGAUGUCCCAGAAAUUCCAGCAGUUCCGGGGCCUCUGUGAGCAAAACUUGAACCCUGAUGCCAACCCACGUCCAACAGCCCAGGACCUGGCAGGGUUCUGGGACCUGCUACAGCUGUCCAUCGAGGACAUCAGCAUGAAGUUUGACGAACUCUACCACCUCAAGGCCAACAGCUGGCAGCUGGUGGAGACCCCCGAGAAGAGGAAGGAAGAGAAGAAACCACCCCCUCCAGUCCCAAAGAAGCCAGCCAAAUCCAAGCCGGCCGUGAGCCGCGACAAGGCCUCAGAUGCUGGGGACAAGCAGCGUCAGGAGGCCCGCAAGAGACUCCUGGCGGCUAAGCGGGCAGCUUCCGUGCGGCAGAACUCAGCCACGGAGAGCGCGGACAGCAUCGAGAUUUAUGUCCCGGAGGCCCAGACCAGGCUCUGAGACCAGGAAGGAGGAAUUAAAUGAUCUUAACUCAUUUAAAAAAAACCACAAACACAAAAACUAAAUGCAAAUGGAACACAAUUUUCUCAACGUUUAGUGUGGUUAUUCUGUCUAGAGACCCUGAGCCAACUUUCAAAUUGAUGCAUACAAGGGCUCGCAAUUUGGCUUUUUUGGGUCCCUCUCAGCUUUAGGUUAUGAAGAUUUCACACACAAAAGUCAACAAAAAUCACAAACCUAGAAAACUUUGCUUUUUCCUCUCGCUGGCCGUGGUGGAUAGAUAGAUGGACUUUAGGUUGGCGACACCCUGGCCCAGCCUCAGACUGCAGUCUUUUUACUCGUUCUAUCUGAUGAGAACUUAAAACUAGCUUGUUUACAAGAUGACGACAGACCAAGGGCAGCCUUGGGCACCUGCCAUGUCCUUCCUUCUUUUCCCAGCUACCCCUGCUCUGACCUUGGAUUUUCAUUCUUACGUUUUUCUCUUUUCCCUUCAGAGCUCACACAGUGGUCACCAUCGUGGCAGGCGGCUUUCUGGUUCUCAACCCUUUUUGCGGUUGAGUGCCCAGUGGACAGAGCGAUGGACAUGUGUCCCUUCCCUCCCCUGCCCAGUGCUCACACACGGUCUCACACGCACGCGCACAUGCAGAUGGAGGUUCCUCACAGGGCACCCACUGCUGUGAUCUGCCAGCCCUGGGCAGUGUCUGGCAGGAUUUGCUUCUGAGCAGAUGAAGGAGGUUUUACCUUUAGGGGGAAAUGAGAUGAAGCCACAGUUAUCAUGCUCCAGACUCGCGCCUUCUCCUCUCCAGCCCCUUCUUCCUUCAGCAAAAUCUAGGACUCAGAGUGGCUUCCGGGGGGCACUCGAGAGGGACCCCAUUUUCCAGGGGAUUGUCUGUCCUCGGCCACGCCUGUGUACAGUACCCGAGGGACAGGCGGCAAUGUCUGUAUGUAUGUGUACAUAUGCACAUAGACCUUAGAGUGUAUAUUUAACAAACGCCCAUCUGCUCACCCCUGCCCACCAGCGCCGCCGCUGCUGGCUCUCGGGGCACCUGGCAGGAGGCGGGUGUGUGAAUAGCAUAUAUUUUUACAUGUACUAUAUAGGUGUAUGUACAAGUGUGUGUAAAAAUAUAUACCUUGUGUGUAAGCAGCCCUUUUUUUUGGUCUCCAGCCUCUGAGUUUUCUGUUCUGGUUUUUUUUUUUUAAUCCCAGUCAUCCUUUCCUCUCCCCUUUCCCUAUUCCCCACUCCCAAGCAUCAUGAGUCCCAAGCUGCAAUGGCCUGGGCUUGUAGGGCAGGGUGGGGGAGGGCAGGGCAAGGGCAGGGCCAAGCCCAGCAGUGAGCUUGGUACACGAGGGGCUGCUCUAUACUGUGUAUACGACUCUAUGGCAUUGGAGACAACCUCUUGUCCAGCACUUGCUGCAGGGGGUACCCUCCCCUGGGUGAACCAAGGGCCUGCUCUGGGCCCCAUUCCAGCUUGGCCGCCGUCUGUGACCUUGGGCAAGUCACCUGACCUCCAUGUGCCUCAACUUCCUCCUCUGUAAAAUGGGGACAGUCCCUGCCCCUCCCUACCUCACAGGCAUGUUGUGAGAAUAAAUGAGGUAAUGUGUA